AUGGUUCGCGUCACUGUCCCUGAGCUCUACGCAGUGUACACGUGGAUGCAGAGCCUUGACGUCGCGUACGAUACCAACGAGACCCUAAUGGUCCUUGACGACUUCAGCAACGAUUUUUCCGUCCAGGCCGCGGAGCUUCUCGGUGCGAUCAAAACAAGUAUGCUCAACGCUGCUGACGCGCAUGCGGCGGCAGUGCGCUCGGUCUACAACUGGUGCGACUUUGUCAUCCCCGUACUCGGCGCGUACAUUCAGGCGCGUGAAGCAGGACAUACGGGAGACGCCGCCACAUGCCUUGCGGGUCUUAUGGAUGGCCAGGAGCUGCUUGCAUCCGCGAAAGAGAAGCUCACGGUGGCCUCGCGAAACGUCAACGCGGCGAACGGGAAGCUUCGGGAGCUCCUCGUCAAAAUCAAUGCCGAUUUCGAUCCGUCGACCGAGUACUACAAGCAGCUCAAGGCGCGUACCGAGGAAAUGCAUUGGAAGAUGGGCACGUCCGGGGCAAAAGGUGCGCUCGUCGGUGGUGCCGGCCAUAUUGCUACAAAAGCUAUUUUCGGCUUGCUUGGCGAGUCUUCAGCGGCGGUGGCGGCGGCGGCCGAGUCUGCCACUGUUAUCUUGGGCCCCUUGGGUUUCGUGCUCGCUGUCGUGGCCGUCUCGGGCGCGUGCAUCUACAUGGCCAAGAAGAACCCCGAAGCGGACUUCGGUCCCGCGAUUCAAGAGCACCUCGAUGUCAUUUCCACGAAACUGGCCGACGUGGCAGGCAAGGUCCAAAUGACACAAGCGGUUCUGACCACGGCAGCCAAUGUUAUUGAGGACGACAAGACUGGCGUCCACGAAAUGGAUACGACGCGCCGCUUGUCGGUCGUGUUCGUCCAGAUCCGAGACAGCAACCUCAUUCGCGCAAAAAAGUUGAGCGAAACACUCAUUGCGCAGUGCACUGCGUUCAAGGCAAGGCAUCCUACGUCAGCCGCUUGAGCAUAUAUGUAGCGCCGACGUUCCAUAGUUUUCAAUAUAUGAAUGGGGUUCAAUUUAUAUGCUCGUUCUCGUCGGU